CGAAUACGACGCGUCUUAAUUAUUACGUACUUGUGUUGUUGUUUCUAUAUGAGAAUAAUUAUUUGUACAAGUUAAUAUAUUAUGACUUAUUGCUCGUAUACAGAUUAAAACGUAUUAUUCUGCAUUUGAACUGCGUGCUCAUAUGUUGUGAAUUAAAUAUUGUACGAUUCCAAACAAAUUCAUUGUAAAAAUGUACGUUCUUAGAGCAAUGUGCCUGUGCCUGGCUGCUGUCGUUGUUUUCGUAAGUUGACUUGAUGUAAUUUAUUGAAAUUGCAUUUUUACCAUUACAAUAACAAUUAUAACCUAUAGAUAUACUAUAAUGAAUGACGAAUUGAUUCUUUAUUUUUUUUUUAUUUAACUAUAUACGAGUAGGUACACGUAAUAAACUCGUAGGUAUUUCUAACUACUACUCGUUAAAAUCACAUUUUUAAUAUAUUUUAAUUUUAAUACACUGAAAUAGUAUAUUGAAAUCGAUCAUACGAAUACGAUUUGAGUAAGUAAUUUAUUUAACAUAAAUAGUUAUCUAUACGCGUUAUAAAAUAGCGUAAAAAUCAAAAAUAAUAUUAUGCAAAUUAAGUAUUUAUUGCGAAUGGCUGUACCUUCUAAUAAUAUAUUAUUUUAUUUACAUAGUAAACACCGUUAAACAGCACGUUUAAAAUUUGUAUUUUAAAAAUUAGAAAAACGUAUUCAAAAAUAUUAAUAUCAAGUUGAUUAAGUUUUUAAUCUUUAUUAUAGGUUUAAAUGACUUAUUUAUCACAUAUUUUACUUUAUAUUUUAAGUUUCAUAUUAAUUUACAUCAUUUACAUAUUUACAAUUUUUGUAAGACUUGCGAACCAUACGAAUAUAGGUACAUAAUAAUAUACUAUACAUACAUUAUACAUAAUAUUAUAUUGAAUAAUAUAAUCAAGUAUUAUUUUAUCAUCAUAUUAUAAUUGAAGGCAAUAUAAAAAAAAAAUAAUUUCUAAUAUUUAAAAUAUAGUAUUUAUCUAUACAUUACGUGAUUUGCAAUAAAUUAUAAUAUAGGUACCAAUUAUUAUUACCUAUGAUUAAAAUUAAAAUAAAAAAACACGUCCUAGGAUAAUGGAAACGGGUGCAGCCACCGUUAUAGCUAAUUUAAUAUACAUCUGUGAGUAACGAUAAACUAUUACUAACGAAAAGAACGGUUCUGAGCGCAGUUUAUUGGAUAGUGAUGCUUUGUCAACAAUAUAUAUGUCAUAUUAUGGUAAAAUAAUUAAAUAGGCAUUAUAUAUUUUCUUUAAUAUUUUUUUAAUAUUGUAUCGAUUUUCUCAGUUUUCUUAUGUUUUUAUCUGAAUUUUAACAUUUGCUGAGAAAACUCAUGGAAAAUCCAAAAAUGACCUAAGGUACCUUCCCAAUCAGAUUUCCUUUCAGAAAAAGUGCUAUCAUUUUAAAUCAGAGCGAAAUUGCUGGUUUAAAAGUUGUACACACUAAGAAAAGACCAUAUUUUUUUACUAAUAUCUACAUUUCGUACAUUUUCCGUUUUUCCGAAAUUUUAUCCCACUUUUUCUCAGACAUUAUGAAAACCGCUAAGAAAAUCUAAAAUUGACCUUUCAAAAGUACCAUCUGGACAACAUUCCCUUUCAGAAAUGUUACUGCGCGUAUAUAUCUGAACAAGAUUUCUGGUAGAAUUUUUUGUACACAGGAUAAAAAAUGAAAAAGAAAAAAAAAAUUAAACAUCUUAGUUAAAACAAUACAUUCUUCGCUACACUCAAAAUCUAAAAUGUCACACUUAUAAUGUUACAAUUAUUUUAGGGCGAUAACUCUUCAGGCAGCUCAAAAAGUCGUUCCAAUGAAGUGUUAAAAAGUUGCGUUGCCGAAACAAAAUUGUCUGAAGGUACAUGCAAUAUUAACAUUUUUAUUACAUUUAAAAAUUAUUUUGUAAGUAGGUAAAUUGUAAGUAAUGCGUACACAUAGUCCAGUAAUUAUGUAUAAAUACGUAUAUGUAUACGUAAACGAUUUAAAUAUUUUGAUGUAUAUUAAUCUAUACACAAUAAAACAAAAAUUUACACAAAAAAAACCAUAUUGGACCGAUAUGUAGGUUAUGUAACCUAUGUAUCAUAUUGUGUUGUUUGUUGUUACACUUUCAUAAUAAGAAAGCAUAUUUUUUUAAUUUUUUAAUCAAUACACAAUUAUAUUAAUAGAAUAUUUUCUUUAAGAUGCACUGAAAACGUUACGCGCAAAGGGUGUACCACAAACACAACCUGAAAAAGUACGUUCGAUUAUAAAAUACUAACCAUAAACGUACAAAUAAUGAUAAAUAACAUAAUGUUACGGAUAAAUAAUAAGUUUUUACGGUUUUUUUUUUUUUUUAGUGCAUGGUGGGUUGUUUAAUGAGAAAAAAAAAUGUAGUAAGUAUAACGUCUAUGAUAUAUAUAUAAAUUAUAUAGAAUUAUUCAAACGAAAAAAUAUUUUCAAGCAUUUUGAUGUUUUAUAUCAUUUCGUGAGUAUUCUGUAGGACAAUAUAAAAUAUUUUUUUUCAAUUGAAAACAGAAUCAAAAAUCUUAGUUUAAAAACUUAAAUGGUAAUUGUUCUCGAUUGUUUUGAAAAAAAUACGUUUCCACAAACUGUUUUAACAAAAUUCUCAAAACAGGUUUUUGUCAUUAAAUAUACAAUUUUAUUAGUCAAUAAAUUUAUCAAGUCGGAAUUCCUUAUUCCAUUAUGAAAAUAAAACCUAUUUGACAACUUUUGUGUAUAGAUUAGUAACGGAACAUUUUCAGAAAAAGGACUAAGUCAAAUAGCACACGAAUAUUUCGGGACCAAUCAAACGAUCGUCACUCAAGCAAAGAGUCUAGUGCAAGUCUGUGCAAAUAGAGGUAAAUUUGAUUGAAUAGUUAUUUAACUUUAUACUGGUUUGGUUUGAAUGAUUAAAACAACACACACGUGUAUUGAUUAUUGGCCACGGUUUAAGAUAAUAUGGUCACAGAACCAUUAUACUCUUCAGCGGUUGUGAGCGACAGCAAGCUACUCGCUCGACGCAUUUCCCUAUUGUAUUCUUUCUUCUUUCAUUGUAGUGCUUUCAAGUAACCAAUAUUCAAAACGAUCACAACUAUAGAUACAAUUUUCUAAAAUCGUGUUGUUUUUUUUUUAACUAUAAAAUACUACUUACUAGAUUACGUUGUCAUAAAAGAAGUUUUUAUGGAUAACAUUCAUCAGACACUUUAUCACUACUCGUUGCGUAACCAUUCCAGUGUUAGCCUAGCCAAUAGGCCGUGAACAUGACCUGGGUCCCAAGUCGUAUUUAUAUCUGAGGGCACCUCAAAGAACAAAAUUUAUAAAACAUCAUCAUUUAACUACUGACUAUUUUUUGAACAGAGAUUAAAUAUACAUAGUAUUGUUUAGACUUUAAGUUGACUAUUGUAGGCUGCAGCGCAGUAUUGCCUGCAGUAAAAUAAUAAUUAAUUAUUAUGAGUGAGUGAUUAUAUGAAUAGACCAAUUACUGAAAACUGAAAUUUCUCUGAAAAUCACUAAAUAUAACAUAAUAUAUAAAUAGGAAUCCGCGAAAUCUAUUGUUUUUUUUUUUAGAAUAUUAUCGACCAAUAAAACCGACUUUCUUCCCAGUAUCGCAUUUAUUUUUAAAGCCUUUGAAUUUUUGAUCUGGGGCUCUUAAAAACAAAAUGUUCCAGGGGCCCUUGGUGUACCAGACCAACUCUGAACCAUUCUAUCUAUAGCUGUGGUAUUAAUCUAACAUAACCUAUAAACAGGGUCACAUUUAGGGGGGUUUAGUGGUCCUGGAAUCAUCCCUCAUAAUCGUAUUUUAAUGCACGAUAUAAGUUUUGUUAUCAUACUCCGCAUACUCGAAUAUCGUUUAUUAGGUACUCUUAAUUAUCACAUAUGCUCAAUACAAACCGUACGUCUCUGGCGUACUUUUAAAAUAUGAUAUUUUAUAAAUACUAAUUUAAAAAAUCAUAUAAUAUUAUAGGUUUUUCUUAUUUAAAUUAUUAAAUACUUGCUUCUAAACGUAUCUUACUUAUUUUGUAUGUAAACGUUGCUUUAAAACAAAAAAAAUUAAUAUAUAAAAUUAAAGGGGGAAAGGCAUAAAAUUUGUUUGCACGGGGCGGCUUACUUCUAGAUGCGGCCUACCUAAAAAUAGCAUAAUAUUAUACAUUUAUAUUAUAUAGAUAGAUAUAUAUCGAUAGAAUUUAAAAUCUCUGCAUAAAUAAUUAAUACCUAGGCAAUAUUAUUCAGUUAGAAUUCCGUUACUGUUACAGACAUACAAAACCAAAUUUCAGUAAUCUAUAGUUUAAUUUUUUUUUUUUUUUCAAACACAGCAAACAUGACAUUUAACCUAACUUUUUAAUAACAAAGCCAAAUAAUUUUAGUAAAAUACUACAAAAAAAAUUCAUUAAAUUAAAUACAUUUCUUGUAUACUUAAAAUUUUCAGCUCAAUCGGCAGGAACUGACGAAUGUACAUUAGCUGGUGUUGUUACCACUUGUGUUGUGGAAGAAGCUCAAAAAGUAAAUUACACAUUUUUAUAAGUAUAAUUGAAUGUCUUUUAGUAUAAUUGUUCGCAAACGUCUCUACAUAUUUACUAUUUAAUAUUGAUACAAUUAUUUUGAAAAAACUGAAUAUACAAUACCUAUAAUAUACUUGGAUACCUGUGCCCAAUGCUGGGCAAAUUAACAAAAAAGUCAAAACUUCGUUUAAUGUUAAAUUAUAAUAUGUUAUGCAUAAAAUACGCAUAGAAUAUAUUUUAUUAUAUAUUGUAUAUUCUAACUGAUUUUCAAGCUGAAUGCAGCAUAAUACAGCUUAAUAAAAAUACAAACGAAUAUAAUAUUUUAGUAAUAUAGGUUGGCUACCAAGUAUUUGUUGAAAACGAAUUUAACAUUAACCUUUUUUUACAGGCUGGAUUACCAACAGUACCGGGUAGCCGUUCUACAUCGAAAGUAACAACAAAAGUCCGACGAAACGUGUAAAUGAUUUUCACAAAACACAAUUUUUACCAGAUUUACGCAACUUCCGGGGAAAAAAUUCAAUUUAACCAUUAAAUGUACAAAUAGUCUAUUCCAUAUUAAUCUAUAUUUAAUCUUAAUUUAUAUUUUCAUUGUCUAUAUACAUUUUUUUCAAAAAGUUUAAUGUAUGAAAAAAAAUUUUAAUUCUUAAGUAUAAUUCAUAACUAGACAUAAAAAUGUUAUCACAAUUUACAACAUUAUACCAAAUCAAAGAUCUUUGAUUUUCAAAUGUUUAUUAUAAAAAUUUAACGAACUUUAUAUUAAAUUUGAAGGGCACAGGGAAAAAACUAGAAGUCACUUUUUUCCAAAAUGGCGAUAUCGGUAUUAAAUAAUAUGUAUUGACGUGCCGUAUAUUUUAUGCGAUCGAAACGAAAAAUAAACCAGAUUAUUCGAAAGAAAUGAAUGUGAAAAUUAAGGCCUAUAGGAAAAAAAACCGAUAGUCAAAUUUAUAAACAGGUAAGUUAUAGGUUAUUUUUUUAAUAUACGGCUAUAGCCUUGGUUAAUAAUAUACGUGGGUACAUUUCACCAGCCCACCCAUUCAAAAAUUUCAAAUUUUUUUUGCACCAAUAUUUAGCAUGCAGUUAGCAUGAAUUUACAUGCCUAUCGUCUCAAUUUGCAUGCUUUUAGUUUAGGCGUUAUAACAAAAGAACGAUGUGGAUGGCUGUAGAAACUUUAUUACAGCCUUCUCUGGACUUUUAAUUCAACUUUUCCCGAUUUUAUCUGACGCCAAUAUUUAUAAUGCAAUAUUGCGAUCCGAACUUAGUACUUUGUAAAAAAAAAAUUGUUACA